UUCAUUUUCGGUGUACAGGAUAAAUUGGUAUCUCGCAUUGAAGUGCCUUGCGCGUUUAGUUUUAGAAUUACAAGACAGUAGAAAACGGAUAAAGACUCUGCAGACUACGGAAAGAACACUGUUCAAUUCAAUCUAUUGGUACUCACUGUCCAUUUACACCCAGACAGGUGCAGCAAGAUGGGGAAACACAACAGCAAGCUGAACCCAGAGGUGCUAGAAGACUUGACCAAGAACACAGAGUUCAAUGAAGUUGAGCUCAAACAGUGGUACAAAGGCUUUCUGAAGGACUGCCCCACUGGGAUCCUCAACUUGGAGGAAUUCCAACAGCUCUAUGUCAAGUUCUUUCCAUACGGUGAUGCCUCUAAGUUUGCCCAGCAUGCCUUCCGGACCUUUGACAAGAACGGGGAUGGCACCAUUGAUUUUCGGGAAUUCAUUUGCGCCCUGUCCAUCACCUCACGGGGAAGUUUUGAGCAGAAACUCAAUUGGGCUUUCAACAUGUAUGACUUGGAUGGAGAUGGAAAGAUCACACGCAUGGAGAUGCUAGAGAUCAUUGAGGCAAUAUACAAGAUGGUCGGUACAGUGAUCAUGAUGCGGAUGAAUGAGGAUGGACUAACUCCACAACAACGUGUGGACAAGAUCUUUAGCAAGAUGGACAAAGACCACAAUGAUGAGAUCACCCUAGAGGAGUUUAAAGAGGCUGCCAAGAGUGACCCAUCUAUUGUACUCCUAUUGCAGUGUGACAUGCAAAAGUAAGAAGAGAGAGAGGGGACAGAGAGGAGAAAGAUGGAGAAAGGGAAUCGGGAUAGAGAGUGAGACUGCGACUGAGAGUGAGACGUGGAGUGGAGGAGUGAUGUAGAUUGUGUGGAGAGACAUUGUACAGAGAAGUGAAGAUAGGGAGAAAUAAUAAAAAAAAACUGCUACAAAAAGUGAGGCGAGGCAAUGAGUGAGCAAAAAAGAGGAAGAGUUAAGGAGAAAAGGUGGAAAAUAUGACAAUGUGUGUGUGUGUGUGUGUGUGUAUGUAUGUAUGUAUGUAUACCUAUGUUGCUUUUUGAUGUAAUGCCCUCUCACCCUCUAUUAGCUGAUUAAUAUAUAUAUAUAUAUAUAUUUUGAUUAGACAGUACACUGGUCAUGUUCCCCCUGCUUCUCUCCCAACUGUAAGAACACCAACUUAAGGCCAUUGUAUCAUGAGUCCGUAUUGUUCGUCCGAAAAUGUUGCACUGUUGAAAAAAAAUCUCAUGUUGUCACAUUUGAA